CCGCGGGGCCGGGCGCGGAGCGGCGGGGUGUGAGCGGCCGGGCAGGGCGCCCCAGGAUGCUGCGGUUCCUGCGCAGGACCUUUGGCCGGCGGUCGAUGCAGCGCUACGGGCGAGGAGCCGGGCGCGGAGCCGGGCGAGGGGGGCUCGACGGGGACGAGCGGGACGGGGGACUGCGCGGGGCCGCCGGCGCCUCGGGGGGGUUCCCGUCCUCGCCGCACCCCGGCGGGGCAGCGCACGGCGCCGCAGCCCCCGUGCACAUCGCGGCAGCGGGCGGCAGCAAGCCGGUGCUGCAGUGCCGCGUCCUGCUGCUGGACGGCACCGAAGUCAGCGUGGAGCUGCCGAAAAAUGCAAAGGGACAGGAGUUGUUUGAUCAGAUUGUAUAUCAUUUGGACCUUGUGGAAACGGAUUACUUUGGCCUACAAUUCAUGGAUGCUUCCCAGGUUACACACUGGUUGGACCAAUCAAAAUUCAUUAAGAAGCAAAUAAAAAUUGGACCUCCAUACACGUUGCAUUUUCGAAUUAAGUACUAUUCAUCGGAACCGAACAACCUUCAUGAGGAGUUUACAAGGUACCUGUUUGUAUUGCAGCUCCGGCAAGACAUUCUUUCAGGGAAAUUGAAAUGCCCGUAUGAAACUGCUGUUGAACUAGCAGCUCUCUGUCUUCAAGCUGAGCUGGGAGAGUGUGAGCACCCAGAGCACACGCCAGAACUUGUGUCUGAAUUCAGAUUUGCACCAAACCAGACCGAAGCAAUGGAAUUUGACAUUUUUCAGAAAUGGAAAGAGUGCAGGGGAAAGAGCCCAGCGCAGGCCGAAUUGUGCUACUUGAACAAAGCUAAAUGGCUAGAAAUGUACGGUGUAGAUAUGCAUGUAGUUAAGGGAAGAGACGGUUGUGAAUAUGCUCUUGGACUGACACCAACAGGCAUAUUGAUCUUUGAAGGAGCCAACAAAAUAGGCUUAUUCUUUUGGCCUAAAAUCACAAAAAUGGACUUUAAAAAGAGCAAACUAACACUUGUGGUUGUAGAAGAUGAUGAACAGGGCAGAGAGCAAGAGCACACAUUUGUUUUCCGGUUAGAUAGUGCCAAAACAUGCAAACACUUGUGGAAGUGUGCAGUGGAGCACCAUGCUUUCUUCAGAUUGAGAGCUCCAGCAAAUAGUAAAUCUAGUAGAUCCGACUUCAUAAGGCUGGGAUCACGCUUCAGAUUCAGUGGGCGGACAGAGUAUCAGGCAACACAUGGAACAAGAUUACGCAGAACUAGUACAUUUGAAAGAAGGCCCAGCAAGAGAUAUCCUUCCCGAAGGCAUUCAACUUUCAAAGCAAACAAUCCUGUGAAAGCAGCGCAACUGUGUGCUAAAAAUACUCCUGAAGUCCUUAACUACCAGCCGCCAUAUCAUCCUAAUAUCCAUCCUGCUCAGCCACACUGGCAUCCGCAUACACCUGUGAAUGUAAGCUACCCCUUGAACAACAGUGACCUGCAUCAGUUCAACAUUGAGGAGAAUGGUGGAACACCAUAUACUGCAAAAAUGCCUGCAAGGCACCACCACCACCACCGUCAUCACCACCAUCACGCGAAUUAUGGCGCUCUUGCUCCUGACAACAAAGACAUUGUUUCUGGAGUUCCAAACCCAAACAAACUGAGCUCAGGACUUCCCCUUCUUUAUGAUGAAACUCCCCAUCUGAAGAAAAUAGAAACGGAGAGUGUGAAGGUAGUUGGACCAUGGCCAGCCCUGCACGUCAGCAUGAACAAGGUUGAAGACAAGAAAGUGUCUGAAAAGACUCUUCAUGCACCUGUGUCACCAUCCUCUGUACCUGACCACAUGAAGUGCAACAUCCUUAAGGCUCAAGUGGAAGCUGCUUUUAGAGUAGGCACACAGGCUGUGAAAGAAGAGACCUCUUUUGUAAAUCCCAGUAAGACCUCCGGCCUGCAGGAUCCUAAUGUAAGAAGUCCAGCUCCAGUGCGACCUGAAACUACGCCAUCAACUGGCCCUACAGAAAAGCAGGAGAUUAAAGCGUCUCGUGUGAGGAAGUUAACAAGGCAGUACAGUUUUGAUGAAGAUGAUCUUCCUCCAGCACUGGCAGCAGCAGCAGCAUCAACACCUGCAGCAUCUCCUGGUUCACAGAAAACGUGUACGCCACAGACAUCAGAAGGACAAACACAAGUUUCGCCUGGUGGCAAGAGUACCACAGAUGCUGGAAGUACGUUUGCUUUGGAGCCGGGUGACCUCCUGAUGGAUUUCACAGAGGCCACACCUAUGAUAAAGACAUUCCCUGCUGAUACAUCUAAUCCUUUUUUCGAUCCUUUUACAACAGUACCACAGUUUUCUGCAGAAUUUACAGACGGCAAGUUACAAUGCUGUGUGGUACAGUCAUCUCCUAAGAUAACACCAGUAACUCCAUCACCCAUUCUGAGAUCUUUGCCAGAGACUAUACCGAAUCCAACGGUCCAGACAGUAUAUACAUCACAUAAACCAAUCUCUCUGGCAGACAGCGCUGAGACUCUGAGGCGUGAACUUGAGAGAGAGAAAAUGAUGAAAAGACUCUUAAUGACAGAAUUAUGAAAUUCACAGUUCCAUCAGAUGGAGAAUGGAUUGGGGCCUUUCAUGUGCCUUCUGUCUGUUUACAUUCCUCGGCUUCUGUGUACUCAACAUAACGGCAUCGGGAAAAUGUGUGAUAUUCCUGGCUUGCCUGGAUUCACCACAGUUGGUUAAAAUUAAGUCCUGGCUAGACUUUAACUUGAAGAAGUUCCUUUAUUCAUUUGCUGCUGGGAAAUAAACCUUCAAUCCUUUAUCUCUCCUGAGAUUUUAUACUAUUAACAGAAUUAAUUUCAGGUUUGGUUUUGGUAAAUUUAGGGCAAAAAGGAUCAGCAAGGAGCAUACUGAUUUCUAUUGGAAAACACUGUUCUGUACAUAUGUUAAUAAAUGCACAGAAAUUAAUGUUAUGCAGAAUAUUUUGAUAGUAACAGAAAAUAUGUCAUUUUGUACAACUGAAAAUUGCAAUGAGCUACUGCUAUUUGUUAACGAACCAUUUUUAAAGCAGAAGAACGGUUAUUACAUCCUAACCCCAGGACUGUUAGUCUCCACAGAAAAAAUAUACGGCUGUCUUAUUAAAUUCCUAACCUUAAUAUUCACUCAGAGAUAUAAAUAGCUGCAAGGGGGAAAGACACCCCACCAUACAGGUAUACGCACCCAACAAUCUCUAUAGAUUGUCAUCUUGACUUAAACCUUCAACUAAAUCUUGCUGUAUUUCCAUUAAUGAAAAAGAAUCAGUUGUUUAAAGAAAUUUGCUACUGACUUUCUAGCUUGAUACUGACUUUUUUUAACUAAGUGAGGUUUUACCUUCUCCAGAUUGCCUAGGUAUUAGGGCUCACCCACACUCAGACAGCUUUGCCCCAGCACUGAAGGCUGAAGAGCCUCAGUGGUGUGGAUGUAGCUUGCACAGGGAGGAUUUUUUUCUUUCCUGGGUAGAUAAACCACCUCCCUGACUGACAUGAAUUGAUUGAUCAUUUUAAAGAAUAAUAACAAUGGUAGUUUAUGGCAUAGGUGUGUCUAUACCCAUUUUUUUCACUCUACUAAUCAGCACGUGUCUAGUGUUAAACCUGUGGAGGGUAUGCCUGGCUAUACGUCCUGUUCACCUCCAGCAGGCAAGCAGCCUCGACAUUCAGUGGAGCUAUCUCAGGCAUCAGAUGGGGUGGGUGGUCCAGUGCUAGCAGAACCACAGCCCCAGGGAGGGUGUUUAUGGUAUACAGGUAAUGCUACCAACUAUGUCCUAGGAAAAAAAAAAAGGAGGAAGUUCUCCAUUUCCCCCUGUUCAGUAGUGCAGGGUCAUCUAGAAAGCUACCAACAACUGACUGUCAGCUACAAUGUACUCUUCCAACAGGAAAGCAUUUGUGCGUUUUGUAUGGCUGAAGAUAUAUAUUUUUCUGUUACUCUGUAUACUACGUUCUCUUAUUUGUAUUAAGAUAAAUGAUUGCCCUUAAUUUGAUACUGAUUACGAUGGCUUUAUAUCAGCUUAAGCAGUUUGUUUGUGUGGAGUCUGGGAAGUGACUGCUGUGAGACUGGGUUUCCUUCAGAGUUAGUUUGUGCUCUUUUUCUGAAAUGAGAGUUGUUGACAGCAUCAUAGGACUGCAGAUUGCAAUGUGGAGGUAUAAAAUGACUUGUCUAUUUUACAUUUACCAGGACAAGAAAUUAACAUUAGGGUCCUCAGUUAAAUCCACCAAACCCAAACCUUUGUGGUCGCCCUAAAAUGUGGCAAAACGUACAGCACAACUGUUAAGUAGAAACUCACAAUACAAAAUGUAAUGAAGCAGCUCAACAUGAGGAAUGGGCACAAGGAGCCAUAGAAAUACAUCUGAGCUGCAGAUAUCAGAUUGCUCAGGUGACUUUGCUGGGUAAUCAGAUGCUUGUACACUGUCCACCUUCCAGUUACAGAAAGCUUCUGUUCCUUGUAUUUUAAUGUACUACUCCAUCAAUCCAAAGUCACUAAAAAUUGAUUAGGAACAUUAAACCCCUGUGAAGAAAUCAGAAAGGAGGCUAAAAUGCAACAGAUGCAAGAGGCUGCAUCUUCCAUGUCUUCUUACUCUUCUCUCACCACUUCCCAGAAGGUACUGAGGGAAGGUGAAGCAGCAGCAGAUUUUGUCUGUGCCUGAGUAAAAGUGAACAUUGUGAAGAACAAAUAAAAGAAAAUUUUAAUUAGAGGUGCUGUUUUGGGAGAGGAAAGCAAAGUAAGGUUGAGAAUGCGACAGCACUGACUAGCUCAAACUGGUCUUCCGCCUGCUGUUAGGCAACGCUCAGUUGUGUGUGAUCUGGUAGAGGUUUCACAAAGUCAUUGUCAAAGAAAAUGAGAAAAAAAAAACUCAGAUCUGAACACGCAGUUCAGUUGUACUGAUUGCCAUAGAGAGGACUUUGAGAAACUUCCGAAAUGCCUUCAGGUUUGGGGGCAAACAGAUUCAAUUGCCUGCAUUUAGGGCAGUCUGGUCACAUACACAAAAUCCUUCAGCAAAAACGAAUGCCUGACUCAGACCAGCCCAUCAGAUGUUCUGGCUCAUAAACAAGCUAUUAGUUUAUUAUUUUAAAUACAACAAUUUUUCUCCCAUUGUAUAAAAAUUCUUCAGCUCUAAUAGUUGGAACUGGAAAACAAGAAAUGUGAAUCAAGGUUACUUCACAGGGACCUUUAUAGCUGAGGAGUGCUUUGGCAUAGCUGAGGAAGAGCAGACACUCCUCUCACCUUGGUUCCCACUAGGAGAGGGGGGAAAGGCUUGCACGGCCACUUAGUUCCCGUCAGAUGUUUUCCACAGAAAAACCCCAACUACGUUGCCUUGUCUUGUUUUAGUGUCUUAUCUACUGGCUGCCACUGUUUCCUUUUCUGCAGUCUAAUGGAGCUUUAUUAAAACUGUUUGACUGAUAUAAAACUAAACUUUUAACUGCAGAGUGUCAUCACCUUGUUCUUUCUUACUACAUACCUUCUUCAGCCACGCUUAAGCAUCUCAGUUUUCACAUUCUCUGAAUAAACACUUCUGGCUUACCUCUGGUUGGGAAUUACAGUGUUAGGACACCUGUUACCCAAAACUACUGUAGACAAUACAAUGUCAACGUAAACACAUGCUGAAGGGCAGAUAGUCCAAAUUUGCCCCUAGACUUUAACUUAACAGGUGUUAAAGGAUACUUUGCCCGAAGGUAUGUCUAUAUUAUAGUGCAGAAGUAUCCGAGCUAGCUUUAAUGAGCUUGCAUAUGUAGUUGUGGCAGCAUGAUGCCCAGCACAGGCUAUCAUUAUCAUGUACAUUGACACGUGUAAAGACAACGCAUUUGAACAGCCUUCUGAAGCAUAGUGUCCAGAGCUGGUAACAGGAAAGGGUGACUGAAGAGAGUUUGUCUCCUCAGCUCUCCUGAGAAAAGGGUUCAUCUCACCUAAUGUUAAUAUGCCCAACUCUCAUUUGAUGGGAGAACAAAGGAACUGCCUUCUGGAGGUGCCUCUGACUUAAAUGUCUACCUUUAUGUUGCUUAAAGUUAAGUGAGAUGAAUCCUGCUCUCCAUCCCUCUGGUUAGGUCUACAUUGCAAACCCUUGCUGACACGGCUACAUCAUUCAGGGGUGCUUUCAGGUAUGAUUUGUGAUCAGCGUAGCUCUGCCAGCAAAAGACUUGCGCGUUAGGUGUAAAUAUACUACCAGCUACACCCUGUUGUCAGAACAGCAUUUAUCACUUAUGGGAAAAACAGAGAGCUGGUGAAGCCUACAGUGGCAUAAGGACACAGAUGCAUUGUUAGAUUUGUGCCCAGUCUGGGAGUAGCUGGUCAAUGAAACCUCCUGCUAUAACCAUGCCGGCAAAGUCUACUGAGGGUGGCCCUGGCUUUUAACAGUGCCCAAAGCGAUGCUUUGACCCAGUCAGCAGACCCCAGCUUUCCAGUGUGAAGUCUCUAAGUGGCAGAAUGCAAUGUUGUCAUAUUCAGGUGACUCCAGCAAAAUUUAUUGGCCAUUUAAAUAACCAUGCAAGGAGUUAAAUAUUUUCUCAUAUUGCAAUUUCUUAUGGAAGCCAACCAAUUGUGCUUUUAUUUUGUUUGUGAUUCAGCUGUUUUCACAAUUUUGUUUUAAAAGGAAUAUCUAGGUUUUCUUUAGUAACGUUGAGAUCCCACAUCUCUAUCAGCACCAACGGUGUAUGCAGAAUUUUCAUUUUUCAAACAUACUUAGGCCCUGAAAGUGCAAUAUUUGAAAAUUAACUCCUCUGAAGUUUCAGUUUGUGGCUUCACAACUCUCUUACAACAGGAUGCCUACGUGCCCAUUUGAAACAGAGCUGGCAAUGCAGUGAAAUGUUUCAUUGGAGGCAGCGUCAUGUUUUAUUUGAACUGUUUACAAAUAUCCUUUGGUUGACUUUCUUUUUUCUUUUUUUUUUUUUUCUGAAUACAUUUCUGGUUCAUUGGCUACAAAAACCUAGUCAAAAUUAUGCAAUGGAUUAUUAUUUAUUUCUUUUUUUUUUUUUUUUUAAUGUCCUAAUGUUCAAGGAGUUUGCAAUAAAUAUACUGAGGUUGAUCUGUAAUUGCAUGUAAGAUCAGCCUCACAACUGUGUUUUGUAAAGUUAAGUGCCGUAAAAGAACCUGUAGAUGACAUGGAGAAGGAGGGAAGGGAGAGAUUAGGUGGAGGAGAAGGCUUCUUGGGCAGCUGCAGCUUUGACUGGUGGAUGGCAGCUUUAAAGUAAGAUUGCUCACACCAUUUUGUUUCAUCUGAGUAGCAGCGUGUAUCAUCAGACAGUGUAUGAUGGCAUUUUGUUGAAAACAUGCCUAGAGAGAAACUUUUACGGCUCAGCUGUUUACCUGUUCCUGUAUUCAUGCCUGCAAUAAAUAAGAUGAAAAAUGAAUCACAGAGUCUGAGCAAUUUGUAGUCAAACCAGUAAUUUAGGAGGCACAGGGCAGUAUGCCAAUUAAAGGAAACAUUUGGUUGCUAAUUAAGUGGAUCCACCUUCAUAAACAAAAUACAUCCCAUGCAAAAAAAAACAACCCAACCCCCAGAAAAUAUCCUCAAAAAGCCCAGCUUAAAGUUACAGACCAGUCCUGUGGGAUGCCAGUCAUCUGUUGGGUCAUCAGCUGGGUCACA